CAGAGAAUAGUGAACAGUCUUGGGGGGAGAAUUUUAGUAAAUGAAACUAUUUUAGAAAUGGAAUUCACCUCUCAAGUGUGAUGCUGGAAAGCCCGAGGGUGAUGUUAAGAGCGCUUUAGGUCUAAUCCAUGCCUUCAUCGUUGACUGAGAAGACUCUGUAGCCACACACACACGGAUGGUGUGUCGUCGUCUGACCGCUGGAGGAAAGCAGAAACUUUUGAAGGCACUGCGUCUGAUAGUGCGGAUCGUGUGUGUGUGUGAGUGAGUGAACGGUGGAAUGAAACUCAUCUGUUCUUUAUUUCUCGCAUGCUGUCGGAAUAUUUGGACACAUUGCACCUAGGAAGACGACGACGGCAACUCCAACCAACAAUGCGGCGAGACUAAUCAUCGACAGGAGACAAUAACCAUUUCCAUUCUAACAUAUUCAUCCUUGGAUAUCUGUAGUGCGGCGAAGAACCUUUUGUUCUACUGUGUUUCUCGCUGUAACGGGACUUGUUUCAUUUAGAUCGAUAUGACGUCUCCGGCUAAAUUCCGAAAGGACAAGGAGAUAAUAGCCGAAUAUGAAACGCAAGUUAAAGAAAUCCGUGCCCAGCUGGUAGAGCAACUGAAGUGUUUGGACCAGCAAUGUGAGCUUCGUGUGCAGCUCCUGCAGGACCUGCAGGACUUUUUCCGCAAGAAGGCCGAAAUUGAGAUGGACUACUCCCGCAACCUAGAGAAACUGGCCGAGAGGUUCCUGGCCAAGACACGCUACACAAAGGACCCACAAUUCAAGAAAGAGCAGAAUGUGUUAUCUCCAGUCAAUUGCUGGAACCUUCUGUUGGCUCAGGUGAAGCGAGAGAGUCGAGACCAUGCCACGCUUAGUGACCUCUACCUCAACAACAUCAUACCACGCUUCGCUCAGGUCAGCGAGGAUUCAGGACGCCUCUUCAAGAAGAGUAAAGAGGUGGGCCUCCAGUUACAGGAAGAUAUGAUGAAAGUCCUCAACGAGCUGUACACGGUAAUGAAGACCUACCACAUGUACAACAUGGACAGCAUUAACGCGGAGAGCAAGCUGAAGGAGGCGGAGAAACAGGAAGAGAAGCAGAUGAGCCGUAACGUGCGACACGAGGACAGGCAGACCCCACGCUCGCCCGACUCCCUCACCAACAUAAAGAUUGAGGAGAAACACGUACGCCGCAGCUCCGUCAAGAAGAUCGAGAAGAUGAAGGAGAAGCGGCAAGCGAAAUACACUGAAAACAAGCUGAAAGCUAUCAAAGCCAGGAAUGAGUACCUUCUGGCACUGGAGGCCACCAACAGCUGCGUCUUCAAAUACUACAUCCAUGAUCUGUCUGACCUCAUAGACUGCUGUGACCUGGGCUACCAUGCCAGCCUGAACCGUGCACUGCGUACCUACCUCUCGGCCGAGUUUAACGUUGAGACUUCCAAGCACAGUGGUCUGGAGACCAUCGAGAAUGCUGCAGAGAACCUGGAGGCCAACGCAGACAAACAAAGGCUCAUGGAGACCUAUAACAAUGUCUUCUGCCCUCCGAUGCGAUUCGACUUUCAGUCUCACAUGGGUGAUAUGUUUGGAAACAUGUGUGCCCAGCAGCCUUUGCAGGGAGAGAUGAUCCAGAGAUGCCAGCAGUUACAGUCCCGCUUGUCCACACUGAAGAUAGAGAAUGAAGAGGUGAAGAAGACGAUGGAGGCUACUCUACAGACCAUCCAGGAUAUGGUGACCAUUGAGGACUUUGAUGUGACCGAUUGCUUCCACCACAGUAACUCAAUGGAGUCGGUCAAGUCCACUAUUUCUGAAUCUUACAUGAGCAAACCCAGUCUGGCCAAGAGACGAGCCAACCAGCAGGAGACUGAACAGUUCUACUUCACGAAACUGAAGGAGUUUCUUGAAGGCAGGAACCUCAUCACCAAAUUACAGGCUAAACAUGACCUGAUUCAGAAGACUCUGGGGGAAAGUCAAAAGACUGACUACUGCCUUGCCAGCGGACGGAGGAAUUCCACUGUGCGGAAACAGGAGUCCAGCCAAAUCAUUCCCCUGAUGGUGGAGAGUUGUAUUCGCUUCAUCAGUCGGCACGGUCUCCAUCACGAGGGCAUAUUCAGAGUCUCUGGCUCCCAGGUGGAAGUCAAUGACAUUAAGAAUGCCUUUGAGAGAGGUGAGGACCCGUUGGCUGGGGACCAGAACGAUCAUGAAAUGGACUCCAUCGCUGGAGUCUUAAAGCUCUAUUUCAGAGGCCUGGAGAACGCCCUCUUUCCAAAGGAAGUCUUCCAUGACCUCAUGUCCUGUGUCUCCAUGGAAAACCUCCAAGACCGAGCUGUCCACAUCCGUAAAGUCCUGCUGUCUCUACCCAGCAACACCCUGGUUAUCAUGAGAUACCUGUUUGCUUUUCUCAACCAUCUGUCCCAUUAUAGUGACGACAACAUGAUGGACCCCUACAACUUGGCAAUCUGCUUCGGCCCCACUCUCAUGUCUGUGCCCGAGGACCAUGACCAAGUCUCCUGCCAGGCACAUGUAAACGAGUUCAUAAAAACCAUCAUCAUCCACCAUGAGAGCAUCUUCCCUGGGCCCCGUGAGCUGGAGGGGCCCAUUUAUGAGCGUGGAGGAGCCACUGAAGAAUACUGUGAUAGUCCACACAUUGAGCCCCCCCUAGUGGAUGAGCCUGCACCUGACACCACCUCUGAGAUCCACAACAGUGAUGAUGAGUCUGACCCCAUCGAAGCCAUUGCACGUUUUGACUACACUGGACGCACCAAUCGUGAGCUUUCCUUUAAGAAGGGGGCGUCUCUGCUGCUGUACCACCGUGCCUCUGAGGACUGGUGGGAGGGUCGCCAUAACGGCACAGAUGGACUAGUGCCACACCAGUACAUUGUAGUGCAGGACAUGCCGGAUGGAUGUGCAGGCAGAGGAAGUCCCAAAGCUGACCUAGAGGCAUCCCAUGAUGCUGUGGAAGAGAAGGUGUCCACCAGAGCCAGUGCCAGCUCGCCCACUGGAGGCCAUGUGGCUGAUAUCUACCUGGCCAACCUCAACAAGUUGAGGAAACGUCCAGAAGCAACCAGUAUCCGUAGAACAUUCCGGCCAGUGGAGGGGAUGGGAGAGGGCUCUUCCGGUGCAGCAGUGGGUUCAAAGACCGCUUCAAUGCCAGCAGGAGGACUGCCCAAAGAGGGGACAGACAAGCGUCCAGUCAGCGCUCACAGCAUCCUAAACUCCAUCACCCGCCACUCUUCUCUAAAGACUAAGGUCGAAGGUCCUCCGCUCCGUAAGAGCACGCCUGCAGGACGAUCAAAGAGUUUCAGCAACCACAGACCACUGGACCCAGAGGUCAUCGCUCAGGUGGAGCACAGCUCACAGGACAUUGAGGCAACGAUGAACACGGCUCUAAGUGAGCUGCGAGAGCUGGAGAGGCAGAGUAACGUCAAACACACUCCUGACGUUGUACUUGACACUCUAGAGCAGCUGAAAAGCGGCGGGACGUCUGAGCCCUCCAGCCCCCUCCAUUCCCGCCUGCUCCGCGAGGCCGAUUCUUCUCUGUAUCCUCUGCAGCGCAGUGCCAGCUCGGCCAGCGACAUGCCCUCCUCCUUCCGGCCCAUCAAGAGCACCGGACCCAAGUCCCCUCUGUCAUCCAUGUCAGCCACAGGUCUCUCUGCUUCUGGCUCAACCUUCAGAGAUAGCAAGCCCCCAGCCACCAAGCCCAAGCCUGUGGUUUUCCCAAAGAGCGGUUCUGCCGGUGACAGUCCUGCGAUGGGAUCCCCGACCACCACCAUACCCCCAACACCUCCACCCCCUCCUCCACCCAAUGACAAGUCCUGCCCUGUCUGAGGGUAUACAUCCUCUGUUUCUUAGUAACUCCAAGAACAUCCUCAGUGAACUGAAAUUUAAUUUUUUUUAUCUUAAUGGACAACUGCAGACUCAAACUGAGAUCGGAAUGCUUGCGUGAGUGAGCAUGAUAGAGAGUGUGUGUGGAACUGAUAUACGCCUGUGAAAAUACUGGAGUGAUUUUACAGCACUGUUUAAAUUUGAACAUCACCAGUCCCUAUUUUCUAAUCCCGAGUUAGUGUUCUGGAGUUGUGUUAACCUUCUGUGUAGACUUGAUUUUGUUUAUGGCAAGGGCUGAAACCUUAAGGACUAAAGAGCAGUGGAUAUUUUUUCCAAAAAUACUUUCUCUUCCCCUCAGACUCAAAGUGGAGCUGGUUUUGGUGAGACCACAGAAGAAGCAAACUUGAAGCAGGUUAAAGACUAUUUUUCUAUCCCCUGUUCGGGGAAACUGGUUGCUGUCUCCUCCUGGAAAUAUCUGCGACAUGUAAACAGCUCCUCACUGCUUGUCAAGUAAAAGUCUCUCUCUCUCUCUCUCUCUCUCUCUAUUGAUGCCAGCAUAACAAUUUAGCAAGUUUUCAAAUCUUUGUCUGUCUUCUUUAUCCAUGAUGUUGUUCAAUGACUCUCUUAUUCAAUAAUCAAUCAGUAGUUACAGUUCAUUUAUCAAGAUAUUGCACUGUAAUCCACAUCGGCACAAAGAAUCUAGUUUGAAAUGCAAGUUAUACGUAGAUACCAAGGAACAUACAGUAAGAUUGACAUAGCCUAUCAUUGCUGCUUCUCUGUUUGCAAAUCUUGAUAUUCGGCACAACAUGUCAAAUAAACACAGCAAAUAAAAGUGUUGAAAUAACUUUGCAUUAGACCAGCUAACCAGUACUGACAAACCUGCAAACUAGUCUCACAGGGUAUUUGCAUGGUGAACACACUUAUUCUUCCCUGGCAAACUGAUUUAUUCAUCUUUGUAUUGGACUAUUUUGUGAAUGGUCACAUAACAGUGCAAAAAGGAGGUAUUGUUUUAUAUACAGUUGUGGCCAAAGAUAUUGCCAACCUUUUUAAAAAUAUGUCUUUAUUGGUUAUCCUUUUGAUUUUUUAUUCAAAAUAUUAACAAAAAUCUAACCUUUAAUUGAAGUAAACUAAUUGAAGUGGGGGGGUCUCAUAAUUAAAUAAAUAUUUUUCUCCAAAACAUGUUUGCCACAAUUACUGGCACCCCUAGAAAUUCUUAUGAGUAAAAUAUAUCUGAAGUAUAUUCUCAUUCAUAUUUUACAUUUUUACUACUCCUGGAUAACUAGAAACAUGAAAUUGUUUAGCCAUGACUUCCUUUUUCACAUGAGUAAAAAUGUGUGGUAACACACAGGCCAAAUUCCCUUAGUCAUUCCUCACAAUGGGUAAGUCCAAAGAAUAUAGUUAUAAUUUGCUGCAAAAUGUUGUUGAGGUUCACAAAAUGGGAAGUGGCUAUAAGAAUAUAGCUAAAGCAUUGAAAAUGCCCAUUUCCACCAUCAGGGCAAUAAUUAAGAAGUUCCAAUUAACUGGAGAUGUUACGAAUCGGCCUGGAAGAGGAUGUGUGUCUAUAUCAUCUCCACGCACGGUGAAGAGGAUGGUUCGAGUGGCCAAAAAUUCUCCAAGGAACACAGCUGGAGAAUUACAGAAAUUAUUUGGGUCUUGGGGUCAGAAAGUCUCCAAAACUACAAUCAGAAGUCACCUACAUCACCACAAGUUGUUUGGGAGGGUUUCAAGAAAAAAGCCUCUGUUCUCAUUCAACAACGGUUAAAAUACCUCAUGCCCACGGUUAAAUAUGGUGGAAGAUUUUUAACGUUGUGGGGCUGUUUUUAUGCCAGAGGUCCUGGACAUCUUGUUCGGAUACAUGGCAUCAUGGACUCUAUCAAAUACCAACAGAUAAAAAAAUAAAAACCUGACUGCCUCUGCCAGAAAGCUUAAAAUGGGCCCUGGUUGGAUCUUCCAGCAGGACAACGAUCCAAAACAAACUUCAAAAUCAACACAAAAAAUUGUUCACUGACCACAAAAUCAAGGUUCUUCCAUAGCCAUCCCAGUCCCCUGACCUGAACCUCAUAGAAAACCUGUGGGGUGAACUGAAGAGGAGAUUCCUGCAACGUGGACCGCAGAAUUUUAAGGAUCUGGAGAGAUUCUGUAAUGAGGAAUGAUCUCAGAUCCCGUGCCAUGUGUUCUCCAACCUCAUUAGGCAUUAUAGGAGGAGACUCAGAGCUGCUAUCUUGGCAAAGGAAGGUUGCACAAAGUAUUGAAUAAAAGGGUGCCAAUAAUUGUGCCACACAUAUAUUUGACAAAACUAUUUGUUUUGUGAUAAAACUUGUGUUGUGUUUGCAAUUGUUUGAUAUCCGUUAGAGGAUAGAUUUUUGUGAAUAUUUUGAAUGAAAGAUCAAAAGGAUAAACAAUAAAGACAUAUUUUUCACAGCCUUCUUUGCUCAUAUUUACCAAGGGUGCCAAUAUUUUUGGCCACAACUGUACAUUUCAAAAACAUGAUUAUAACUGGAAAAAAAAACAAAAAAGACCUAAAAUGAGCAAUGUCCUGUUAACUUCUCAAGCACAACAUUAGUUAUUUACCUACCAUAUAUAAAAAUAAAAAAAGAUAAACAAAAAACUAUUUUAUUACAUUUUCCUUAGGUCAUUAUUCACAACUUGGUCUGUAUCAUGGUAAUGUUGUAUUAGUAUGUGUGUUGUACGUAUGAAUAUUAUGAAUUUUAGCAGCCUAAUAGCAGCUUUUAGAGAUUUCCAGCUUUAUAAUGCGAAAAAGGGAAAGACUUUACCCACCUCAGAGGAUACACUGACUAAAGGGAGACACUUGCUAAAUUUUUUUUAUAUGGCUUUACAUGACCUGAAAGAUACCAGGCUCCUGGUAGAAAGCAGCUGAAACGUGUGCAACAGAGAAUCUCGUGACAACUUUUACAGUUCAGUGCUCCAUUUCAUUUUCAGCUUUCUGAAGCCACUCUGUUGUUCAUUUGACAAUCUAAGUCCUUCAAUUGAUGCCUGUCCAAAGUCCAUCAUAGAACUAAAUUUCUGCCUGCUUAUGCCUUGAAAAGAUUGCACAAGCCUGUGUUUUUCUAAGUGAGGCCUUGUUAUCAAAGAAGAUGAGCUAAGGUGGUUUGUGAAAGUAUCCAAGUUCUGUAGCCAGCUUCACUUUGAAGCAUUUUUUCACUUUACUAGCCCUGUUACGCAUAGUCUUACAUGCAUGACUGACUGUGACAAUAUCCUGGAAAACAUCUAUGGAGAGACCAAGCUGCAAUUGUUUUAGUAAUGUCAACUUUGUUUUAAGACAAGCCUAUUCCUAACGUGUUAUUUUCUGAACUGUUCAAUGUGUUGUUGUCUUGCAUUAUGGAAAAGUCUUAACAGGUGGUAACAUUUGUUUAUGUGUUAAAUGAUUGGAAGUAAAUUCUGUAAUUGUUGUUCCUGAUACCUCAUAAAGGCAACUGGAAACUGUCUUAUUGGAGUUUGGAAUUUGUGGGCAGGACUUUGACAUGCAAACUGCAGCAGGUAACUCAUAGAAACUGCUUUAUGAUGUUUAUUGUGUAUUGUUAGUAGUAUGCUGUUGGCUGAGGCCUUCGUUUACAUACUUUUUUUCUUUCUCUAAUUUGGUAAAUUGAAAAUCAAUCAAUAUACACUUGAAAAUGCAUUGUAUGUUUGUAAACAAAUUAAGUGAGGGUGGUGAUUUUCUUUCUUUUUUGUAAUCAUAACUAUUGUUAAAAUCUAAUUUCUGUCCAUUUUAAACAAGACUGUAAAAUGAAUUGUCUUGUCAGAUAUAUUUAUAGUUGUCCAUUCAGAUAUCUGUUAACAGAGAAACAUGUUCAGAUGUACUUUGUAUAUACAAUAGUGUACAUUACAGAGGUACAUUCUUUUUUUUUUCUUUUUUCUUUUUUUUUGGGGGGGGGGGGGGGGUACAAUAUUGUACAGUUAAAUAUACAUGAUAUAAUUCCUUGUGUAGUUCUUGUAGUAAACAUUUUAAAAUAAAAAUUGCUUGUUAUUCAUGUCUUUGAUUUGUUUCGAGAGAGAGAGAGAGAGAGUGUGUGUGUGUGUGUGUGUGUGUAUAUAUAUAUAUAUAUAUAUAUACACACACACACACACACUAUACAGCUUGACAGCUUGUGGAAAUUCUAGAAUGGCUAAAAUCGCUCACAGCACCUUUCAGUGGUUUUAGUUUACAAAAAUAUAAUCUCAACAAUAGCAUUACUAUUAAGCCUUGGCUGUCUGACUUUCUGAGCACUUUGUUAACUAAUGUAGCCUCAAAAAAGUCUGUAAUAAACCAAAUAGAUCCAAAGGAGAAAUACAACCAGGAAGUGAGACUGCAUCCCUGUCCAUCAUGGCCAUUUGGUAAGUUAGAUCGCAUCAUUUUUAAAGGUGCAUUCAGUCAUUUUUUUCCUCAUUAAAAAAGUUUAACUCCUAAAGACAUGAAUUGCAAUUUUGCAAUAUAUGUAGGAAAUCAUGAUCACUGACAUUA